AUGGCAGCCAUGGCGCACGGCCAGCAAUCCAACCAGUCGGCGACGUUCAACGUCGGCGAAACCUACAAAGUCGUCGAUGUUGUCGGUGAGGGAGCCUACGGAGUCGUGUGCUCGGCCAUCCACGUUCCCUCCUCCUCGCGCGUCGCCAUCAAGAAGAUCACGCCCUUCGAUCAUUCCAUGUUCUGUCUCCGCACCCUUCGCGAGAUCAAGCUGCUUCGUCACUUCAACCACGAAAACAUCAUCUCCAUCCUCGACAUUGUCAAGCCGUCGAGCUACGAGAGCUUUUCGGAGGUGUACCUGAUUCAGGAGCUGAUGGAGACGGACAUGCAUCGGGUGAUUCGAACCCAAGAGCUCAGCGAUGAUCACUGCCAGUACUUCAUCUACCAGACGCUGCGUGGGUUGAAGGCGUUGCAUUCGGCCCAGGUGUUGCAUCGCGAUCUCAAACCCAGCAAUCUGUUGUUGAAUGCCAAUUGCGAUCUUAAGAUCUGCGAUUUCGGUCUGGCUCGUUCGGCCAAUCAACCGGAAGCAGAGGGGACCGGGUUUAUGACCGAAUACGUCGCAACGAGGUGGUACCGCGCACCAGAGAUCAUGUUGACGUUCAAAGAGUAUACAAAGGCCAUCGAUGUUUGGUCUGUCGGAUGCAUCCUCGCCGAGAUGCUCUCCGGCAAACCCUUGUUCCCAGGCCGAGACUACCACCACCAACUCUCGCUCACAUUGGAAAUCCUCGGCACCCCUUCGCUCGACGAUUUCUACGCAAUCACCAGUACAAGAUCGAGGGACUACAUCCGAGCAUUGCCGUUCAGGAAGAAACGCAACUUCUCCCAGAUGUUCCCCAACGCAAACCCUCUGGCGGUGGAUCUGAUGGAGAGGUGUCUAACGUUUAGCCCAAGGAAGAGGAUCACCGUGGAAGAGGCGCUGGCACAUCCCUACCUCGAACCGUACCACGAUCCAGAGGACGAACCCACCGCCGAACCCUUGGAUCCCAGCUUCUUCGACUUUGACUACGUCAAAGAGCAGCUCAGCAGGAGCGAGUUGAAGAGGCUCAUCUACAACGAAAUCGUUCGUUAA